GCUGGGCAGGGAGCGGGAAGAGGAGGAGUCUCCGGGGAAGGUGCUGCCGGGCAGCCGGCUGAGAAAGCGCGGAGGAAGCGGCCGGGAAGGCGCGCCAGGUAGGACAGCCGCUUCCUGGGCCGGAGAGCGGACAGGUAGGCAAGGGGGCGGCCGGGCGGAGGAGGGAGAGAAGUUGGCGUCGCCAGGCGCUCCGGCCCGAGGAAAGCACGGGAACUCGCGCAAACUCGCAGGCUGCCCUUCUCAGCGCAAAUAUCGGGGUCUCCUCCAGGGGAGAAGAGGAAUCGGCGGCCGCAGCUUUCGGGAUGCCAGGCAGAACCACGAAGGUAGACCGAGCUCCCCCAGCACCGAGAAGUUAAAUCGAUAGGAAGGCAGUGUAGAAGAAUGGUGGAGCGACAGAGGGACUGCCGAUACAGAAGGCUGUAAAACUAUUUUAUAUUGUUAUGUUUGUCUUGUUGUUGUUGUUGUUGUGUUUCCCCCUCUGUUUUUAAAGGUAAAAUGUUUAAUAAAACUUAUUUUUUUAAAGAAGAGAAGCAGCAUUGCAGGGGAGUUUGGUAGAGGCUGUUUUGAGCUAGGCUGAAUCUUGUCGGACCGUUUUUAUUUUUAUUUUUGCUCCUUCCAAAGUAUCUCCGGAGAUACAGUUGACCGGUUCAAGAAUUGCUCGUGUUUCAAGCAGGCAAAUUUGUUAAAUUCUCUUUAUCCAGUUGGGUUUCGUGGUCUGGGCUCCCUUAGGACCUCCUGCCACCCCAAAACUAGAUUCAGGGGAACAGCUAAGAAUCCGUUUUAAGAGCAGAAAAGGCAGAGAAUCUUCUGGGACUUUCAAAACUUUUUUUUUCCCCCACAGAAGCUUCCGACAUUCUCCAUCCACUUCUUCUAGCGCGGAGGGUCUCUUUGGGUUUAUUUAUUCUUUUAAAGUAGCUUUUGUCUCUUUCCUAGCUGGUAGGCCUACUUUGUGCUCAUGGAAAGCCAACAAGGAAGAAGGGAAUACUAUCCCUUGGCAAACUUCCUUUCCCUACCUAGAAGUUUGACCUUCUUCGCAGGCUGGUUAAUGUUUGAUGUUGUGAUAGUACCAACACGUACCUUACUCCGAAACUCCUUCCUUGGCUCCUGUGGUCAGAGAAGAGCCAAAUGUUGACUGAACAGGACAACUGAGCCUGGGAAGGGCUCUGGUGGUCAGCUGGUGGCUGGGAUAAUCUGCAUAACUUCAUUGCAUCGUCCAAUGUUGUGGUUACUGGGGUUGAGCUCAAAGCUUCUGGCUGAGGAACUGCUCAACCAACCAAUCAACCCCACCACCACCACCCACCACCCAUCAGCUGGAGUUGCUCCUCAGAUCCUUGAAUCUCUCUACCUUCCUCCCCUCCUCCUAGGAGUAGGGAGAGAUGUAUUUUUAGGCUCUCGUGUACUUGUAAGCAUAAGACCACGGGGGUGAGUAAGCAUGUGUCUUGCCCUGGAGUCUCCCAGAGGCUGAAAAGGGCAUAAAUAAUGCGGGUGGAACCAUAACAAAAGAUUUGUGUGUCUAGAAAACUCACGAGAGGGGCCAUUUAUCUGCCGGUUCUUUGGCUUGGAAAGAACUGAAUCCAUCAAACAGAUGAUGAACACCACGAUACACGCCAACUGGUCUUCUCCCGCCCCGGAAAAGCUCCUGACCUCCGGCAUGGUGGCUACCUCGUUCCAUUUAUUCUCUCCGCCGAUGGUCUCCGGCCAUUUAACCGUGGAGGACGGUUCCCAGCUAAGGGCUGAUCAGAACCACUCCCAGGAGACGCAGUCCCUCUUUUUGACCACAUCCACGGCAAAAGCCAUCUCGGGACUCUUCGUCUGGACGGCCCUGAUCCUUACUUUCCACCAGAUCUUCCUGCACCUGAAAAAUUACACCAUUCCCAACGAGCAGCGUUACAUCAUCCGGAUUCUCUUCAUCGUCCCCAUUUAUGCCUUCGAUUCCUGGCUUAGCCUCCUGCUCAUUGGCAGCCAUCAGUACUAUGUUUACUUCAACUCGGUGCGCGAUUGCUACGAAGCAUUUGUGAUUUACAGCUUCCUGAGCCUCUGCUUUGAAUACCUUGGAGGAGAAAGUACCAUCAUGGCGGAAAUCCGAGGGAAGCCCAUUGUUUCUAGUUGUCUCUACGGGACUUGCUGUCUACGAGGGAUCUCUUACUCCAUUGGGUUUCUUCGGUUCUGCAAGCAGGCCACCCUGCAGUUCUGCAUCAUCAAACCGGUCAUGGCCAUCCUCACCAUCGUUCUCCAAGCGUUUGGGAAGUACCACGACGGCGAUUUCAACAUCCACAGUGGCUACCUCUACAUCACCAUCAUCUACAACUUCUCGGUCAGCCUGGCCCUCUACGCCCUCUUCCUCUUCUACUUCGCCACCAUGGAUCUCCUGAGGCCUUUUGAGCCAGUCCUGAAGUUUCUCACCAUCAAGGCGGUCAUCUUCCUCUCCUUUUGGCAAGGGAUGCUCCUGGCUAUCUUGGAGAAAUGUGGGGUCAUCCCAGAAGUUCAGAUCAUUGACGGGAAGGUGGUGGGAGCUGGCACUGUCGCGGCUGGCUACCAGAACUUCAUCAUCUGUAUUGAAAUGCUGUUCGCUUCCAUUGCUCUCCGUCACGCUUUUACCUGCCAGGUGUACCGAGAGAAAAAGGAAAGCGCCACAGCAGGCCUGGCCCCAUUGCAAAGCAUUUCCAGCGGGCUGAAGGAAACGAUGAGCCCUCAAGAUAUCGUCCAAGACGCCAUCCACAAUUUCUCCCCAACCUACCAACAAUACACGCAGCAAUCCAUGCAGGAGACGGAAGGGGGGCUCGGACAGAACGGCCACACGAGUCCUCCAGCGGAGGCCUCGCAGAGCAAGAAGACGAAGAGUCUUGAGAAACGGAUGCUCAUCGUUUCCGAUGAUGAGCUGUGAAGAGGCGCCUGGAAGGAAGGAGAGUUCGUGGAUUCGAGAGGGCUUCCCGCCUCGCUCCAACCCGGAUCAGAUGGCCUUGUUGAACGAAGCAACCGAGGCGUCUCGUUCUUGUUCUCAAUGACUUAUUGAGGGAAGACCCCCUUCCCCAGACGUAGGGUCCUUCCUAAAUACAGCCAGAUCUGCCGUUCUUAUUUGUUGUGGUGGGUGGCAAAAACUCCCGGGAGUUUUUGAUGCACUGGUUGUUGGUCCUGGGGCAGCCUGAGGGGCCACACAGAAUUUCUCGAGGGACGCAGCUCCUCCCAUUCCCAAUGCAUGGAGAUAAUACUGAUUAUUGGCAGAGAAGGGACAAGGCAAUGUAAGAAAUGGACGAAAAUUGGAUGAAAUCAACAUUUUCAUUCAAAGAAUUGCAGCUGCAUCCCAUUGAAAGCGGAUUCCCAUUGUCCUCCUUUUUAAAAAAAAAAUAUUUUGUGGAUCCAAUCCAUCGGGAUUGGGAAUCAAUAGCUCCGAACCCUGGAGAAAUAAAAGCACAAUUUUUCUUCUUUCCAAUGUAAGGUGCUGCAACAGGGUGAGGAAUUAUAGCGCCAGAUUCCUUUGUGAAGUUGCACGGAGGCUGUUGAAGUUUCUGAUCCUAGGACGCGCCUUGGAUGUCAGAGGAAUUGUGACCUCAUGUUGGAAAAAGAGGCAUUGCAUUACAUUGAAAGUGUGAAUGUACUUCUUUCUAUCUGGAGGGAUGGCUAUGAAUCGCAUGUCAAUCUGUACAUUUCAAAAAAAAAAUGUAAAUUAUAAAAACAUUUGUAAUACUUUUUCCCA